AUGUUAUUCAAUAAUUCAUAUGGAAAUAUUUAUUAUGAUGGAAAUUAUUUUAAAAAUCUAUUUUUAUGUCUUAACUAGAGUAAAUCCUUUUAUCAAAUUCAUCUGGAAUUAAAACAUAGUUUUAAAUUGAAUCUGAGGUAUUUACAUAAUGUAAUAGGAAAGAAAAUUGAGGAUCUCAUAAAUUAACUAAAAGAAAUUAAUGAUCAAAUUUAAGCCACCUAGAUAACUGAAUAGUAAUUAAAAUGUCUAAUAAAAUAGAUUUAACUCUUAGCUUAUGCCUGCUAAGCAGAAUUUUAAAAUGAAAGCUGAUAAUAUUAAAUAAAUAGUAACAUCUUUGGAAAAGAGCAUUCGCGGCAAUGAACAAAAGAACAUUUUAUCAAAAUUAAAGUAGUCUUAUUAAAAAGAAGUUGAAAGACAAAAAAGGAUUCUCAAGAGUUCCAUAAAUUCUUCAUAUGAAAAAAGAUUCUCCAGAAUAUCAAUAAUAAGAUAAUCGAAAAUUAAAGGUUAAGAGAUUCAAGCAGAGCAAUUAAAAUAUUUUGUUGAUUACAAUUAAGUGAGAAUUGGGUAAAAAGAGGAAAAGGAGAUCAAGAAAUAUUCGUCAGUAAAAGUAGAGGAUAACUCAAAAAUAAAAACAAUUUCAAUUGAUGAAGAGUUCACAGUGUAAGAAUGGAUUGAUUUUGAGAAUAUUUUGAUUGAAGAAAGGCAAAAAGAACUGGAAGAUAUUGAAAGAGAAGCAUUUUAGUUAAAUUUAUUAACAAAUUAGAUGGCCAGUGUUCAAGGCUACUAAGAUAUAAAUCUAAAUUUUGGUUAGUAAAAUAUAAGUUAAGUCAAGCCUUAAGUAAUAGUAACUUCGAACAAUUUGGUCAGGGUUAUUACACAAUAGAAAAGCAGAUUUAAAAAGAAAUAUUAUAUUAUUAUUGGAAUUCUCAUUUUAAUAAUAGUGGUUAUGAUAAUUUUACUUAUUACAAUCUACUGAUAAUAUCAACAAAAAUUAUUUGAUUUAU